GAGAGAGAGAGACACUCAAGAAGUGUAGAGAGAGAGAGUGUGCACGCGCGCGCGAGAGAGAGCCAAGUCAACCGCUGCGUGGACGCGACGGAGCGUGGAUAUAAACACUAGCUUUUAUUUUGUGAUGCGAGACAAUAAGAUUUGACACUUAUAAGUUCACGAACAACUUUAGAGUCGAACGAUGGAGGACAAACUGCCUGAAGACCUGGCGAAUCUCUCCGAGCUGGACGAGAAAAGUUUGCUGGCGGUUUUGACUGGACGCUUUACACACAACCUCAUCUAUACCUAUAUAGGAGACAUCUUGGUGGCUAUUAACCCAUUUAAAUAUCUUUCAAUCUAUGAAAAAGAGGUAUCUGAGCGUUAUAAGUGCCAUGAGAAGAAGUCUUUGCCCCCUCAUAUAUUUGCUGUGGCGGACCGGGCGUAUCAGUCCAUGAUGGGACGUCUGUCCACGGGACCCAAGAACCAGUGUAUCGUGAUCAGUGGUGAGAGCGGCGCGGGUAAAACGGAGAGCACCAAACUGCUGCUGAGACACAUCAUGGAGCUGUGCAAGGCCAACUCACAGCUGGAGCAGCAGAUCCUGCAGGUGAAUCCACUUCUCGAGGCCUUUGGAAAUGCUCAGACGGUAAUGAAUGACAACAGCAGUCGCUUCGGGAAAUACAUCCAGCUUCGCUUCCAGAACUCUUCAGUCAAAGGGGCCAAAAUCAACGAGUACCUCCUGGAGAAAUCCCGUGUGGUUCAUCAGGACGAGGGAGAGCAGAACUUCCACAUCUUCUACUUCAUGUUAGCCGGCAUCUCGAAGGAGGAUAAAGAGAUAUACGGCCUCCUGGACCCAACACGCUACCGUUGUUUGAAUGGCAGGUUUGGGCAAGAAGACAUGGUUCAGGCCUGGCGUGUGAAAUAUGCUGAAGUGUGUAACGCCAUGGACAUGGUGGGAUUUGAGGAGCAGGAAAAGGUGGACAUGAUGACCAUUCUAGCUGGCAUUCUGUCUUUGGGGAACAUCACCUUUGAGACAACAGAGAGUGAUGCUCUGAAGGUGUCUGAGGCAUCACGCGGUUGGUUAAAAGCUACUGCGGGUCAGUUUGGCGUUCAGGAAGAGGAUUUACUGAAGAGUCUGACCUGCACUACAUCAAUGACGCGAGGAGAAGCCAUCCAGAGACUCCACAACCAGCAGCAGGCUGAAGACGCCAGAGACUCCAUCGCUAAAGUGGCCUACGGUCGAGUGUUCGGAUGGAUCGUCAGUAAAAUCAACGAGCAGCUCGCUCCUAAAGUAGACUGUGAUGUGGAGCUCAAUGAAAUAGGAAUCCUUGACAUCUUUGGUUUUGAAAACUUCGCUGUGAACCGAUUUGAGCAGCUCUGCAUUAAUCUGGCUAACGAACAGCUCCAGUAUUUCUUCAACCAUCACAUUUUUCUGAUGGAACAGAAAGAAUAUAAAGAGGAAGGCAUCACAUGGGAGACCAUAACCUACAAGGACAACAAACCCAUUCUGGACCUGUUCCUCACCAAACCCAUCGGGAUUCUGUCACUGCUGGAUGAGCAGAGCGCCUUCCCUCAGGCCACUGACCGUGAUUUUGUUGACAAGUUAAACAGCAAAUUUAAAACGGCUCCAAACUUUGAGGUUGUGCGAAACCACACCCCUCUGUUCACGAUUGUGCACUACGCUGGGAAGGUGCAAUACAAUGCAAGUGGAUUCCUUGAGAAAAACAGAGACACAAUACCAGCAAACAUUCGUGAGCUCUUCAUCAACAGUGUCACUCCUCUCCUCAGCGUUCUCUUCGCAGGUCUUUAAAUGUUUUUUUUUUUU